GCUACUUAAGGCGUCGUGGCCUCGCCUGCCCCGCCUUAGCUCCCGCGCUAGAGAGAAACAUGCAUCGUUUCCGAUCACAGCUCUUCACGGGGAUUUCUGCUGCCGCCACUGCCCACUCUCACCCACGCCGCUUCUCGCCUCUGUUGUUAGCCGAAGACUCGCCUCUCAGCCUCCAGCCGCACAGACGCACGAGUAAAAAGUGCAGUUCCAUCGGCUGAUCCUAGCUAAGCUCCGAGUCCAGGCGGCACCGGGCGUCCCACGAUGCCGAAGAAUAAGAAGCGGAACACUCCCCACCGCGGUGGUAGUGGUGGAGGCGGCGGCGCAGGGGCAGUUGCAGCGACGGCGACGACAGCGGGCGGCCAGCAUCGAAAUGUUCAACCUUUUAGUGACGAAGAUGCAUCCAUUGAAACAAUGAGCCAUUGCAGUGGCUACAGUGAUCCUUCCAGUUUUGCCGAGGAUGGACCAGAAGUCCUGGAUGAGGAAGGAACUCAAGAAGACUUAGAGUACAAGUUGAAGGGGUUUAUUGACCUAACGCUGGACAAGAGUGCAAAGACAAGGCAGGCAGCUCUUGAAGGUAUUAAAAAUGCAGUGUCUUCAAAAAUGCUUUAUGAAUUUAUUCUGGAAAGAAGAAUGACUUUAACUGAUAGCAUUGAACGCUGCCUGAAAAAAGGUAAGAGUGAUGAGCAACGUGCAGCUGCAGCCUUAGCGUGUGUUCUUUGUAUCCAGCUGGGCCCCGGAAUUGAGAGUGAAGAGAUUUUAAAAACCCUUGGACCAAUCCUAAAGAAAAUAAUUUGUGACGGAACAGCUAGUAUCCAGGCUAGGCAAACUUGUGCAACUUGCUUUGGUGUUUGCUGUUUUAUUGCCACAGAUGACAUUACUGAGCUGUAUUCAACUCUUGAAUGCUUGGAAAAUAUCUUCACCAAGUCCUAUCUCAAAGAGAAAGACACGAAUGGAAUUUGCAGCACCCCUAACACAGUGCUUCACAUCAGCUCACUUCUUGCAUGGACCUUAUUGCUGACCAUAUGUCCAGUCAAUGAAGUGAAGAAAAAGCUCGAGAUGCAUUUGCAUAAACUUCCAAGCCUGCUGUCUUGUGAUGAUGUAAACAUGAGAAUUGCUGCUGGUGAAUCUUUGGCACUUCUCUUUGAAUUGGCCAGAGGCAUGGAUAGUGACUUUUUUUAUGAAGACAUGGAGUCUUUGACUCAGAUGCUGCGAGAGUUGGCUACAGAUGGAAAUAAGCACCGGGCCAAAGUGGACAAGAGGAAGCAGCGGUCGGUGUUCAGAGAUGUGCUGAGGGCGGUGGAGGAACGGGACUUUCCAACAGAAACGGUUAAAUUUGGUCCAGAACGCAUGUAUAUUGAUUGCUGGGUCAAAAAACACACCUAUGAUAUCUUUAAGGAGGUUCUUGGGUCGGGGAUGCAGUACCAUUUGCAGUCAAAUGAAUUCCUUCGCAAUGUGUUUGAACUUGGUCCCCCAGUGAUGCUUGAUGCUGCAACUCUUAAAACAAUGAAGAUUUCUCGUUUCGAAAGGCAUCUCUAUAACUCUGCAGCCUUCAAAGCCCGGACAAAAGCUCGGAGCAAAUGUCGCGAUAAGAGAGCUGAUGUUGGAGAAUUCUUUUAGCUUUGCUGCACUCAACGUUUUUCUGAUUUACUUUUUUUUUUUCCUUUCUUUAAAUUUCUAAUGUAUUUAAACUAUAGAGAAUUUUUAUUCUGGGGCAGGUUAGUAUACAUAACUUUUGUAGCAGGGGUUAUAUAUUACUUAUAAUUUAAUGUACAGUAUUAUAAAUUGUGAGUUAUUAUUGAAUAUUCUCUGUAAAUGAAUUGGUAAAUAGAAAUAAAGU